AGAGAAAGUCCGCUGGUCCCGUGACCGACAAGCCCGCCCGCCAAGCCUUUCCUUCUCUCUGGCGGCGCAACAGCCAGAAGCACCAAGUCCAAAGCCGAGCGGAGGAAGCGCAUUCCUCUGGCGCAAACACUCUUCACCCUGGCUGCAAUCCACCUGGACGGAUGGACCCUCGACGCUGGGAUGUAUGAGCCGCUGUAUCUGUCCUUUGACACCUAUCCCAGCGUGGUCCCGCGUGUGAGGGUGCGAGGUGUCAUGGCUCUUUUCCUGGCGGCUACUAUCCUGUGGGCGCUGGUCUGGCUGCUCUACCGGGCCUGGCAGGUCUGUCAGACCUCGAAUGAGGUCCUCGUCGACAAGCUGGGUCUGGAUAUCCCACCGGCCCCGGAAGUAACGCUCGAAGAGAUUUCCGCCCGUGAGAUACGAAUUGCCUGGAAACAGCCCGAUUUCCAUAACUCGAUACACAAGCACAUCAUUCAAAUCAAUGGGGCCAAAGCGGGAGAGACCAAAAGAGCGGAGACGGUCGUGACGAUAUCGAACCUGAUACCCGGAAAUAUUUACCACAUUUGCGUCUUUGCAGUCAGCGCAGCGAAUUUCCAGACCGCGAGCGCCAUCCUUCAUGUCCGCACGAAGCCGGUGCCUCUGUCGCAGAGAGAACAAAAUGGUACUACGGGAGGCCCGACAAUCCGAGCGGCGAUCCCUAGAUCGACUGCGGCCUUGGCUGCACCUUCUGCGCCCGUUAUGUCACGCGAACACAGUGGUGGUCUACAGUCAAAACGCAUUGCUGGUGGACGGAAGCUCUCACCCGCAGCUACGAGCGCCGAUACGGCCCAUGUUCAAGCGGAUGACCUGCAGAGGACCCCGGCAAACGAUGAUACCGACGAGACCCUUGAACAGCUCGCGGAACGGCUGAAGACUCUACAGCAUGAGAACGAAAAUCUAGAAAAACAGAUUGCCGACGAGGAAGAGGAACACACGGCGUCAUUGAAAGAACUUGAAAGGCAGAGGGACGAGUUGAAACAGCGGGUGAAAGAGAAGGAUGAGGCUAGUGGUGAUCUCAAGAAGCACGUCAACAAACUCGAGAGCGUAAACCGCACCGUCCAGAGCGAAAAGACCAAGCGUGAGCGGUUAUUGCAGCAGAAAGAAGCGGAGCGCAAGAAACGCAAGGACGACAUCGUCAGGUGGCAAGAACAGAUGGUGCAAAUGGGCAAGGAUAUCAACCGUGCUAGGGAAGACAAGUCUCGUGUGGAAGAGGCAGCUGCUAAACGGGCUUCUGAAAUUCGGGGAAAGAUCUCCAACGAGCAGACGGAAAUGAAGGGACUCGACGACGAGAUACAGGAGAAGGGUGGUCGGAUUAAGAAGCUAGAGGAAGAGAGAAAGAAGCUCCAGGGUGGUGAUAGUGAGGACGGAAAGGAAUUGGACCGCAUCGACACUGAACGCGCACGACAAUGGGAGAUCAGGCUGGGCAAUCUUCAUGCGCGAUACGCCGCUCUGGUCAGCCUCCAUGCUCAGGCCCAGCAACAAUAUCAGGAAGCCCAGGAGCGCCUGAAAUGGCUGACAAGCCAACGACCUAACGGCUCCGGUCCUUUCGCUCCUUUGCCGCCACUGGAAUUAGAUAUGUCCCACGCUGCUGCUAUGCGUCGUCCACGCCAUCGCAGUUCGCUUAAGAGCAAUGUUUCAUCUCCGGUGACCUUCCCGGCCCUCGAUCCAUCUUUUUCGAGCGCAGUCAAUUACCAUCCUCCCACGACGAGCUCGCCUACCUUCCCUCCCAGCUCUGCAUUCUUCAACAUCAACAAUGGAAUGACUAUCUCUGGUCUGACUGACCAGUCGGAUACCGUUCGUGCAGAUUCAGAUAUAUCGCUUAGCAACCCACCCAUGAGCCCUCGUGCCGAUGCCUUGCUGCCAUCGGAUCUUCUAGGGGAUGAAGAGUCCCCAGAACUUCUCGGUGAACCAAAGCAUCCCCGUUUCCCGGACAUUGAGCCCGUCGGAUCUCACUUAGAGGAUACGCAUAGAAGAUCUCCUUCGUCGGGUUCUACAGAGGAUAAGCCUGCGGUAAUGUUCCCUAGUUCACAUGAAAACCUGGAUGGCUCCCAUGAGAACGAUGGUCAACCCAGCACAGAUGCUGAGGACGGGCCUCAUGCUGGCGUGCAGAGCGCUUCGCGUAGGCUCUCCGGGUUGUUCGGGUUCCAUCGCCAGCGUGGAAAGACGUUGGCAGAUGGGCCACCUGCACUUGGGAGUCUGAAACAAGGUCAAAGUCAGUCGUUCCCCCGAGACGUGGAUGAGAUAGAUCCUAUCGGGUCUAGACGCCGCAGAUUGAGCUACACAGGUAACUGGCCGAAUCCAAUCUCUCUGCUUCCCCGGAGUAGCACGGCAAACGUUACCGCGGACAGUUCGUCAGACUAUCUGCCUUCCCGCCGGGCUGCGUUCACGAAUCUCUUCUCUUCCUCCGGCAAACUAGGAGCAGGUGAACGCUCUGAUGCCAACACUGGAUACAACCAAUUCAGUCCCACUCACGAUCCAAUUGACCCGUCCUCUAUUCUUGGAACUGUGCGACGCGGGUCCUUAUCCCCUCGACCAUCCUCCACAUUCUCGUUCGACAACCAGUUCCCGCACCCAUCAACAGAUAAUAGACAUUUUGGCUGGCCCACUACGGAGAAAGUCAGUCACAGAAUAAGCCCUCUCGGUUUCGGAUGGGCAUCACCUACGACGUGGUCGAGGACACAGUCUCGGAGACCUUCAACUCAGUAUGGUUCUUCGAGUCAGCUACCCCUGAGUCUCACAGGGGAACCCGAUUUCUUACAGAGCUCUUUUGACAAACAUCGUCCUUUGCAGGCGCCUAUUGGGACUCGACCGUCAUCCUCUCAUAGACCGGUCACUCCGAAGCUGAACCCAGCGGCGCCGUCCUUCAAAACACUCUUCAGCAAAAGGUCGGAUAAAGAAAAGGACAAGGAUCCUGCUCCAGAGGUACCUGUCGAUUUCAACCCGGAUGAUGGAUCUCCUUCAGAACCUCGCCGUUCGAGAGAUGGCCGAUCAAUAGCCAACUCCGCGACUGAAUCUUACGAGUCCCUUGAGCGCACGCCAUCGGGGACUCCGUCUGAUACGACGAAUUCGAAAGAAUCCUUUAUCCAGAAGAUCACGCGGAAAAGCAGCUCCAGCAAGUUCAAUCUCUCGUGGAAAGACCGCUCCGGUCUCUUCUCGAAGAAGGGCGAUACCUCUCAAGGUGACAUUGAUGAGGAUGCUGGCAGCGAGGCCCAGCUUGGGAAGAGCGUUGACAGCAUAUCCUCUAGCAUCCAUUCAGUCGACAAGUCUUCCAGGAGCAGCCUGGGCUUUUUUAGCAGAAAGUCCAAGAAACCCGAAAAGUCUGUCGGCGAGGAGGGUGAGAAGACGGGAGAGACGGGUGAUGAGACAUAUGUCGAGGAGCUGUCGACAUCUGCGUAGGUGGGCGAGGAUCGUCUGCCUAACUCGGUACUUUGCAUCUGUAGGAGUCUCGAUCAGCAUUUGUUUGCCGGUGUUCUUAGUGUCCUUUGUCAGGCAAUUAGCAUUUAGCACGGUUGCAUGGAAACGAAUUCGGGUUGUCAUUUCCUGCCAAGCUUCUUUAAGCCUCGUAGGGAACAUAGGAUACGGCUGUUCCACAUCGUAUGAGUCUUCAUCGUCAGAAAAGAUUCGUAAUUUCAACUCCUUGUUCACCCCGCGCUUAGGAAUACGACGUGCUGGUGUGGCUUCUUUAUGAACCGAAUAUCUUACACAUUACACGAGUAGACUCUUUCGUCUUCGGUCAUCGGAUAAAAUUAAUUUGCAGGAGAUGUCCACUUAGCUUUGGUGCGUUUGACAUC